CAGCGAGGAGUCAGAGAGACGGGAGAACCAUCCGUACUCACUUGUCAACAGCAGAGAACACGCAGUUAAACAGGGGCAGUCCUUUUGCGCACUUAUUUGGUCAGGGAAUCUAGGAGAGAAAUGGACUUCUUCCUGCCACCCAGUCUUCCAGCUGAGGGUAUUCCAUGGCAGAGGGUUUUACCCCCUCUUAUUCCUCGGCUGAGUGGGAUUUACGGACAAUAUAACUGGUCCUCCAAAUUACUGAUUCCAGAGACUGAUAAUACCAGCACCGCAGAGGUGAACUGUGAUGAAAGUGGUUUUACAGUUCAAGUUGAUGUAAAGCACUUCAAUCCACAAGACCUAAUGGUCAAAGUCAUAGGAGACUUUGUGGAAGUGCAAGGAAAGCAUGAAGAAAAAAAGGAUGGUCAAGGGGUCACAACACGGCAGUUUAAUCGCCGCUACCGAAUCCCAAAGGGAGUGGAUACCAUGGCUUUGGAAUCCGCAGUCUCUCCAGAUGGCAUCCUAAUCAUAUCUGCACCGAUGCUGCAAACAGAGGACUCCAGAAUCCAGACCUAAUCCAAUUA